UUGUUGCUGUGUAGUGUUGUUCAUUGUGGUGCGUGACGUGCACGCGUUCGGUGCGUUCGGUUUGUAUUGUUCACGGUUUAUGUACAUACGUGUCUGUCGUACGCGAACACGCUGUGUAGUCAUCGCGAUACCUUCUUCGAUUUGCCAUCCUGCCCCGUGAAGUCAACAUGAAGUGCAUCACGUUCACUGCCGUAGCGUUUGCCGUACUUCUUGGCCUCUUUAGAUGUACGCAUUCACAAGAAAAUCUACCGUCCGCCGACGACGUUCUCCAACAGGUUAGCGGUAUAGUGGGUGACAUACCGGAAUUGAAGAACUUAAAUACAUCUGCAAUACCCAGCGUCGAACAGGCGAGAAAUCUCUUUAAGGAGAAGUGCACUAAGAACGGUGGACCAGACGCGUUUGAGAAUGCCCAAAGGGCCCAGGUGGAAAUGACAGAUUGUAUUCGUACACUCAUUAAUAUCACGGAGCUCGAGGCGGAGAUGGAGAAGUACAAACCGACCGGCGAUCUCGAUAUCGUUUUUAAGAAUUACUGCGACAAGCGCACUACUUUGCGAGCCUGCGUGUACAACUUUACGAACACGAUGGAGCACUGUCUGGAUGAGAGAGAGAAAGAGAACAAGAAGAUCGUGAUGAACAUCACCGACUCACUAUUGGAAUUCGCUUGCUUCAAGCAGGGAGAUCGCAUUGCUCUUUUUAUAUCAACCGGAGGACCCGAAUGCUUCCAAGAGAAGCAGCAAGAGCUUCAAGACUGUGCCAAUAAAACGUUCAGUAGCUACCUACCGAAAAGUGAUGCCUCUGGUUUCAUAGGCUUGGAGAGUCUACCGACGCUGAAUUUUGAGACCAAGGAAUGCAUGGACAUAACCAAUCUCCAAAAUUGCAUGGUGACAGAAUUGGAGAAAUGCAAGGACUCAACGCCCGCGAAUAUAAUGGACUCUAUACUUAAUUAUAUAAAGAAAGUAACGCCGUGUGAGAAAUUACUGAAAGCGCAGUCUGCUGCUGCUACAGGUACAUCAGUCAGUUUCCACGUAUCGAACGCUUUUUCCACUGUAGCAGUAUUGUCCAUUAUAGCCAUCUGUAAAAGCUUUUUCAUCCUACAGUAAUGUAGUCACCGUUAAAUACAUUAUAAAGCUUUAAAGAACCAUCUUAAAUACACGACGAACACAGAUAGUCAACGAUAUAUUACAGUGGAACAAAAGUUUGUAUAACGAGAACUUCUCGAUAACGGAGAAUGCUUUAAUUCUGACUUUUGAAGUUUUCUAUUAUAAUAUGGUUUUUUGUUAUAAAUUUUAAUUUUUUUUUCUCAUCCAACUGCUUUAUUUUAAAAAUAAAUGUGAGAAUUAUUUAAGGUUAUUAAUUUAAAAUAUAUAUAUUGAUCUUUUACUUUAUGUUUAGUUUAUGUGUGAGUGUAUAUAUAUACAAACACAUAUGUAUAGGAUGUUCCUGGAAGAGAUGGCUUCUUAAAAUAAAUAAUAAAAAAAUAAAAAAUAAACAUUAUAUUAUGUGUGGGAUAAUAUAAUAUUUUCUAGGUACAUCCUAUAAAUAUGUAAAGAAUAAAUAUUUAAGUAUUUCAGGUACAUUAAUUUCAUUUUUUAUUGUUAAUGUGACAAAUGUAUAUAUAUACAUCGUUCAGACAUGUUAUUAUUCGUUACAUAAGGAUACUUAAUUUUAUUUAUAUGAUUUAUUGUAUUUAUGCGUCCCUGUAAUUCUCUUGUUACUUAUUUUAUUAGAUAUAAGUAAAAUAAGUGAGGUAAUAAUUCUAAAUACAAUUAAUUUUUCGAUUCAUGUGUGAUAUAUAUUAGGGAUGCUAUAUAUUUAAUAUAUAUGAAGCGAAUAUACAUUAAUAAUGCGUUAUUUGUAUACUUUGUACAUGUUUCGCAAAUAAAUCGGGCUACGUAAGGCAA